ACUACCUUAGCAUAUGCAAAAUAAUCCUCCCUUCUUCCUUCCUCUUCCCCCUCCUCCCACACCAGAUAAAUUUUGUAUGUACAUUCAGGCUCUGAAUGCAUUACUGUCUCGAGUAAGGAUACAGAAGGAGCUUGGUAUAGGCUGUGCCCUCAGAGACUACAGAAGCCAACAAUAGCUCUAGCUUGUUAGGAUGCAGGGCUGGUAUUCGGACCAUUUCCCCCAGUGAGACUUCAGCAGAGGCAGAGCGACAAAUCUGGCUCCAAACAAGCUGAUGUACCAAGAGGUGCCUGAAAGCUUCAUUCAAAGCAUUCCAGCUCCAUUGCAGGCUACCAACUGCAAGAAAAGCCAUUUCCGAGCCCCAUUUACAUUGUUUACAAGUGCCAGAAAGCUCAGCUUGUCACAGCUUCCGACAGAGAGCUUACCUGACUACGGAAUUCACAAAGGAAAACUCGCCAAGAAAAAGACCAGCACAACACAGUCCAGAGCAAUGAAGACACGGCUGGGCUGCUUAUCACAGAAGUCCGACUCCUACAGCGACUUCAGCUCCUUUCUCCCCAGUAAACAUGAGAAGCCAAUCAGAUGCUUAAAAUUGUCCACAGAGGAAGCUGUGCAAUGGACUGAAUCAUUUCAUUUGCUUCUGGAUCAUAAGUAUGGUUUGGCUGCCUUUAGAGCAUUCCUUCGCUCUGAAUACAGUGAGGAGAACAUUGAGUUCUGGCUGGCCUGUGAAGACUACAAGAAAACCAAAUCACCUGCAAAAUUGACUUCAAAGGCAAAGAAGAUCUACUCUGAAUUUAUAGAUGUUCAAGCUCCAAGAGAGGUGAAUAUCGACUUUCAAACACGUGAGCUCACCAGGAAGAACGUGCUGGAGCCAGACCACGCCUGCUUUAACGAUGCCCAAAAGAGAGUCUACAGCCUGAUGGAAAGGGACUCGUACCCCAGGUUCCUGAGAUCAAAGGUCUACUUAGAUGUGUUAAACCAGACUCACAGUAAUAGUCAAACACAAAGGAGGUUCAGCUGAGGAACAUAGCACAGGACCAAAUCUGUGCACUAAGUUCAGUUUUGCUCCACCGCCUGCAUCAAUGGGUCACGAGUUUCACUCUACUGUUGUAAAUUAUUGUUGAGGUGAAGAUUGGGAAACUUCCUUAUGGUGCUCCCUUUGCUCCUGAUUUCCAGGCAUUACAUGGAAUGCAAUUUUGUGUGACAGCAAUCCUUUCCCAACGGGCUUCGUCGCUGUGCCAGGCUCCUGUUUCCAGCUUACCUUUGCCAUCAAGUUGUUUAAAACUGUUUCUUAACCAUCAAAAAGCAUGCUGAAAUAAGCUUUGCCUAUCCUUAAAAUCUCCAAGCUGUAAUGGCGAUAGAAGAUCAAAUAUACAGGGUUUUAGUGCACAUAUGUUUAAAUGUUCAAAAUGAACACAGUAGAUUUAAAUCAAUGCAUUAGUAUUUAUGAUACAAUGUCCAUUUGUUGGUUGAUCACUCUAUAAGUGAAAAUACUCAUUUUUAUUCUGUGCAUUUCCAUGUAUAUAUUUAUCAGCCCAGCCCAUUUAGUCUGAGUAUAUUUAUUAAAUGAGAUCAUUAAUAAAAUGUG